UUUUUUUUCUCGAUCCAUCACCACGUUGCGGUCGUGAUGAUGCGCAGUCUCUACAACUACACGCUCGCGCUCGGAAUCAGUUGAAACAGGUUACCAAACUGUCAGUGACGGUUGAAAUCAUGCUUGAAAUAAAUUUUUUGAAAGUGGAGAACCCGUCCUGUCUGUGGGGUCGGUUUGUGAAGGGUCCAGGGAUAGAAGCGGUCGAGAAUAAAAAAGAAUAUGAUGAUCUGCAAAUGAAAAUGAACCUUUUCUAUCAUGAGGUCAACCUAGAUGUGCAGAAGAUCAAACCCUCAACUAUAGAGUCGGGACAGGUGUGUGUGGUGUACUGGUCUACCCUAAGGAGCUGGUGCCGAGCCAUCGUUGAGUCUCUUUUCCUGGGCACCGUUGGAACCCAGGCCAUGUGUUUCCUAGUUGACCACGGAGAGCGCGUCAUCGUCAGCUCAGAUGAGAUUCGGGCUCUGUUAGAUACGUUUUUGCAGCUGCCCUUCUGGGUGAGGAAGUUUCAGCUGGCUGGUGUUCAUCCCAUGACGCUGCACGUGUCUGGAGACUGCCUGGAGAAAGCUGAGCUCAUACCAUCAACGCAAUGGGACAGCUCUGCCACACGCUAUUUGCACAAUCUCUUACAAGCYUCUACCGAGAUGGAGGCAGUGUUGUGUGAUACACAGGCAGAUUGCACUGCCAUUGAGCUCUACUUGACCAUCAAAAAUGUCAAGAUCUGUGUGAACGACGAUCUGGUCUCAAAGAAGUUUGCGUACUUCACAAGCCAGAAGGCCCAUCAAACCAGUGGGAAAAAUGGUGUUGUUGAUAGAUCCCCAGCCGUCUUGGCAUGUGACAUCUUUUCUGAAACUCAGAACUUCCUGGCUACUGACGGCUGCACCGUACGAUCACUUUCAGAUUUCCUGCUCCGGCAGCAGGACCCAAUCGUUCAUAAUCAAGUGGCUGAUCAGUGCCAGCUAACGACAUCUGUGAAAGAUGCAUCGAAGGCUUCCAAUGAGGUAUCAAAUCCAAAGAAAAGCCUAGAAAAUGGAAGAAAUCCCUUAGAGGGAGGAAAAAAGAAGGCAGCCCAGCCGCAGAACAAGAAAUUCAAGACGUUUUCAGAGAUUGAUGGCGAUGAAGACAAGAGCGACGACAAGCCCGGAGAGGACACCGACACAUCUCUUGUGUCAGAACUGUUCAAAAAUCUGAACCUGUUAAGAUUCAAGAAGUUUCUGAAUCCUGCUUCGAGCACUCAAAGGGCUGCUAUUCCCAAAACUGCGCUUAUUGAACAGAAGGAGGAACGUGGUGUUCAGAGGAUCUCUGCGCUCACGGAGAAAGCAGAGAAAGAGCCAGUCACUGCACCUCAACAGAUCGGACAACAGACUGAAACGGCUGUAUGUACUCCUAGUGACCUAGUAGACCGGACACAAGAGUUUGUCUUCACAGAGCAGCCAACCAUUGAUGAGGAGCUCGUCUGCGCUCGGUUGUUGCAGUUGCUAAACCCUGACCCUCUCAACCCAGAUGUAUACUCAUCAGAAGUCACUAUCGUCCAUACUGAUCCAAGCAGGAGUGGGAUAAUGGUGCAUUCUGCCUUUACUCUGGACCCCUGCACCAGUCUGGCCAAUGCUCCAAUCACUGACACCUUCCGGAGGAUCUUGAUGAGGAAGAAGUAUGCCGGCCCGUCUGUGGCUGAGAGUUACUGCUGGCCGGCGGUGGCCAGGGGCUGUGACACGGUCCUCAUCUCCCACAGCGGAGACCAGCCCCUCACCUACAUCCCCCCGUUCCUGGCCCACAUGCAGCUCUCCUCCGUCUUCAGCGCCCUCUCUUCUCGCACCGGGCCCAUAGCGGUGAUCCUGUGCCCGGGGUGGGAGAAAGCCCAGACUGUGAUUGACCUGCUGGAGGAGAGCCAGACCGUCCAGGUCCUCCACCCCAUGGUCAUACUGUUGGGACUGGGAAAGGACGAGGCAAAGACCGUUAAGAUCCAGAACAACUGCCAGGUGGUGGUGACCACUCCGUUCAGCCUUGUGCGUCUGCUGCGUUUGCACUGUUUCCUGUUCCUGCGGCUGUGUCACCUGGCGCUGGACGAAGUGGACCUGCUCUUUUCUAGAGCCCCGGACGAGAUGACCACUAUCCUGCAGCACUUCCAGAGGGUGACGGCCAGUGAGGAGCGUGUGUCGUGCCCCAGACAGAUCAUCGCAGUGGGAAAGCGCUGGAGCCGCCACCUGGAGGGCCUGCUCCACAACCACAUGAACAACCCCACCGUUGUCGUCACGGUGAUGGAGGAGGCCGCACUCUACGGCAAUGUGCACCAGAUUAUCCUGUUGUGUCUGGACUGCACUAAGAUCUCUGUCCUGCUCGGGGCGCUGGACUUCACCCCCGACGUGGCCCAGAAGACCCUCGUCAUCACCAACUCUGCUGAGGAGGCCGAGCAUGUCUUCAAGGCUGUUUCAAACACAUCAGCGUUCUCCCUGAAGGCCCACGAGGAGUUAACCUACCAGUUUGACUUUGUGACUGAGCAGUGGAAGAAGCCCAUUGGACCUGGCACUCAUGUCAUUCUGGUCACCACCAAUGAGUGUAUGAAGUCUUUGGGUAUCUGUGAUGCUACGUGUGUUGUGCACUACGGCUUCCCAAGCUCACCUAAGCUGUUUGGCAGCCGUCUGUUUUGCAUGUCCCAGAACUUCCAGAACCUUUCAGACAAGGAGCGUGCUGCAGAGAGCACGGCCCACCCUGCCAAGUCAGUGCUGCUGCUAUCUGAGAGGAAUGCCCGUCACGUAAUCGGGGUCCUGCGCUACCUAAAGCGUACUGAGGCCUCGCUGCCUCCAGAGCUGCUGCAAUUCGCCCAGGGAGUCCUGCGUGCCAAGGAGGAACAGAAGUCUGACAGGCCUCUGUGCAGAUACCUCAAGAGCUUUGGCUUCUGUAGGGACAGCAGUGUUUGUUCUUAUCGACACAGCAUCAGCCCCAUAACAGACCAGCCACUGCAACCAGACUCUGGAACUAUUGUGGUUCUGCCCUUGUUCAUCAAGACUGCUUCCGUCUACUACGGACGCAUUGUGAGUAAGAAGGAGGACCGUUAUGAGAGCCUGGCAGCAGCAAUGACUACAUACUACUCCGCUGAGAAGCUGGGUGCUAAGGAGGUUCUGGAGGGAGGGCUGUACGGAGUACAAGAGGAUGAGGUCUACCACAGGGUGCGGGUGACUUCGGUGCCGGACAAGGGUGAGUGGAUGUUCUGCAGCGUGAGGGCUCUGUUCCUGGAUGAGGGGCGUGAGCAGGAGGUGAAGUCCCACCAGCUGCUGCAGCUGCCUGCCCAGUUCCACAUACUGCCGCCCCAGGCUUUGGAAAUCAUCGUCUGCAGGGCCAUGCCCAUCGACGCUGAGGUCAAAUGGAACCCCAAGGUGACCAGGGCCAUCAGUCAGAAGAUCAAAGGCCUGCAGCACCAAGCCAAGGUUGUUCUGUGUUUGGGAAACACGGUCUUCGUCGAUCCCAUGGUGCGGAUGACCCGACUACCAGGCCUGAAGACCUUAAUAAAUGAAUGCAACGUCCAUGCUGAGAUCCUUAGCACGGGGAUGGGCACCAGCAACCCUCAGCACCUGGACCUCCUGAAGGAGCUCUGCCACGGGGCUGGGCCUGGAGCCAGUGCUGGGGAUGCCCUGCUCACCACGGUGCCGGAUGGCUCUGGGUUGACCUUGGAGGAGAAGGUGCAGGCUGCAGAGGAGGCCCUGGUCCACAGGAUGAGGGCAGCUGUCGAGCGCUUACACUGUGGCCAGGAGGUUUCUGUAGACCCGCCCCAGACCCAAACGUCUGUGCUUCAUGCCCAGACAGACUUGUCCCAGUGCCAUAUGAAGGCCUCAGCAGAUCUGCACCAGAUGGACCAGAAGGUCUUUGCUCAUGCACCCCAGCCUUGGAUGAACGAUGUCUUUGUAUACCCGACCCAGCUCUCGCCCAAGCCACAGGAGGCCCCAUUAGCAGCAGUUCCUGAUCCGAGCGAGGCUCAACUACCAACACUCAUGGACAGGGUCCAGAUAACUUCCCCUCUCCCAACACCUAGCGAAGCCCAGAUAUCUGCCCCACUCCCAACAAUUAGCGAGCCACAGUUACCUGCCCCAACAACUGCGCACAACGACCCCAAAAUGGAGCAGUGGAGGAGCCUCAUAGCUAACCUCCAAGGUGCCACUCAAACACGGAGGCAUACAGCUCUACAAGGAUUCACCCCCAAAGACUGGAUUUCUGCAGUUCCCCGCCCCAUUGAAAAUGGUCAUUUGAUUGAUGAGAAGCAAGUCAACGGCCAGCAAGUCAUCAACGGUGAGAAAGUCAUCAGUGUUGAUGUGGAUGCACCAAAAAGUUUCCAUCCACAGAUCAAGUGGUUCCAGAGAGAUGACACAGUCACACUGAACAUAAAGCUCAGAGAACCAGUGGAUCAGAGAUGUGAAUUCUUCCCUGACAGAGUGGUGUACAGUGCGUGUGUGAAUGACAGGCCUUAUCGUGCUCACCUGGAGCUCCACAGUAACAUCACUGCAGAGAGGUGCUCCUGGGAGAUGAAGUGCAAUGAGCCAGUCAUCAGGCUCGUCAAACAGGAGAGGGGAGACUGGAAGAUGCUCCUCAAGCAAAAGAGUGCUUUUGUUAGUUUGGAUUUCGACCGAUUUGAGGAAGAUGAAAAGAAGACUUCAAAUGGUCUCUGCUUUGUGGGGCACACUGGGGAGGAAGGCUGCUACGUGAGCUCAGACAGUAGCAGUGACUGACUGCAGACAGACGGCCCUCAUCGAUCCUCCCUCUAAUCAUCAACUGAGAAGAACCUAGUGCCAAUCCCUCAAAAAGACAUACUUUCAGCCAGUUAGUUAUUAUACACUUUUCGUUCAUGUCUCCUUGAAGGACGCAUCUCUUUAGCUGUUUUAGCACAUUUCAUAUGACAAUUCCAUAUUUUCAGGUUUAUUGUUUAACGAUUUUUUGAUGUUAUGCGAUCAGACUCAACACAAGUGAAUUGAGAAUAAUGAUGGCGUAUUCAAAUCUGUUACGACACUGGUACAUCAAAGUACUUACUACUAAGGAAUUGCCAAACUAGCAGAUACCCAUAGACGUCCAGUCAUUGUGUUAAUGCUAUUUAGAAUUGGCUUGCGAAACACCCUUUAACUUCCUUCAUACUGAACCAGUCCUUGUUUUCAAGCACGUGUCUACUUGACAGAAAUGUCAGAAACAGAUUAAAGCUACAUUCUGGGAUUCGAAAAACUGCUACCCUGUCACUUGUUUUGGCAUACAGCUGAGGGAUGGGGCUAGUAAAAUGUAACCCCUCAAAUUCAUAGACUGCGUUCAAGGUGCAAGGACUAACAGUAUAUAUGCCAUUUACCAGACGCUUUUAUCCACAGCGACGUAGUCAUGCGUGCUUCGUACAUCAUUAUUUUACGUACGAGUGGUCCUAGGAAUUGAACCAACUAUCCUGGUGUUGCAAGAGACAUGCUCUACCAACUGAGAGGACCAGUCCAUGACAUCCAAGCUAUACAUUGUUUGUUUACGUUAUUGUCGUUUGUAAACAAUAGUGUAAUAAAAACCAAAUAUUUUGGAUUAUGAUAAAGACCGACGGUUGUGCUUUACUCAUGAGGCAUUUAAAGCUCCAUUAUGUAACUUUGUAUAUAUUUUUUUCAAUAAUCUUAAUGACCAUUAAUCAACUUUCAGUCUAUCGUUCUUCCAGACUACAUGCAUUUUUGCUGUGAUUUUUCAAUUAAAGUGGAAUGGUUUUGUAAUAGUUGCUUUGUAAACUAAUAUCAAUGAUUUUACUUUCAAUACAUGGACCAAUUCGGUAUGACCCAAGUUCCGCUAGAAGAACCGAAAGAUUUACUUUGGCCUUAAAGCAUUCAAAAUAAAAGUUAACAAAACAACAGCUACUUUAUCAGUAGUCUUCUAUGGUAGAAAUGAACCUUUCAGCAGUACAAUGAAGUUCAAAGCUAUAUAUAAAAACACCCUUACGAAGUGUGGAGUGGGUUGUGUAGUUAAAAAUGUAAACACUUGGAAUUUCUCUAAAUUAAAUGGUUAGUUUAUCUUAUCAAGCUAGCUGUAGCAAUAGUAAACAAUGGAUUAUCGUGGAUGCUGUCACUACAGAGAGGUAUAGAACGAUUUAAGUUAUAUUCUACUCAAGGUUUUCUAAAGCUAGCCAGAUUCAGUUAGCUUCACAUUCCGGAUCCGGCUUAAUCCGUACUGACUAGAUAUUGCUCGUCUGCCUGCCGCUAACUCCUGUGCAUGCCGCAUAUGGCUACUCAAACUCUUAAUUGAGACAAUGCUGAAAUAUCAGUCCAUGGGCGAGUCGGUGCCACAUUUUAAAUUUGUGCCGAUUUCAAAAUGAAAAAGUUAUCUGUCAAAUUCAGCAGCCUGUGGUGUGAAAUAAGCUUGUAGAAGUGCCGUCUUUAUUGUAUUACUUAUUGGUAAUGCCAUCUUUGGUGUGUUUAUUAAUGCACCAACAUCUUUACUAGCGAUAAAAUAUUUGUCUUAAGUCAUACACAAGUUAUACUGUGAGUUACGUUUCAAAUGUGAUAGGUAUUUGAACAUAAUUUAACACAAAAACAUUACAUUUAAUAAAAUAUUUAAUCAGCCUUCUUCAAAUGAAGGAGAUUAGGACUCAAUCUUUGCAGUGGGAGGGAAUCUGUUUUUAUUGUUCCUCAACUCACAGCUCAGACAAUUCAGUAUAAAAUUUUAGCCCUGAGUUAGCCUGCCUGGGAGCAGGUUAGUUCUGAAGGAUUCGUUGCCAUAGAAAUUUACCUAGCUAAAAGGUAACUUUUGUGGUACCGGUUAUCCCGAGUUGAACUCUGAGUUGGUCAAAGUUACCUCACCUCACUAACUCGUGCAACCAUGUACAUGGUAUAGGGCUCUGGCCUACAUAAACAACUCAAAGGCUGCGUUUACAUCCCAAUUCUGAUCUUUUGCCACAUGAGUUUUUUCACCGAUCAGAUCUUUUGCCAA